AUGGAGCCUUUCACCUUUGCCAGCUCAUCGGAGCUGCGAACACGUGUGGGAAUCAAGGUCAACCGACUCGAGGGCUACGAGAAGCCACUGCCCUACUCGACUCUCCUCAAACGCCCUGACCUGAGACAUCGCGGUAGUAAUUUGAGUCCAAACUCGGAGCUGUAUAUCACGGUCCAGCCAUACGCCGAUUCGAAGCCGCUCACAGUCCACACCCAAACCCCAUACAAGCACUUCCGCAACGGUCGCAUCUGGAAUACAUGGCUCACACUGCCAGUGGAUUAUAGCACGCUUCCCGUCAAUACUCAGCUCGCCAUCACCGUGUGGGAUCUCUCUCCCAUCAACCCAAAUGGCGGGGACAAGCAGCAUCACAUUCCAUUUGGUGGCACUACAAUUUCCCUGUUUGAUGAGGAUGCCACACUCCGAACAGGUCGUCAGAAGUGCCGCAUCUGGAGACACAAGGCUGCCGACGGCUUCUCUGACACUACAACCCCCUGGCAAGAGCCGCAAAGACGGGGUCGACGUGGGCAGCCGCAAGAGCCUGUAGUAGUCGACGAGCGCAGAAGUCGAAGAGAUGCAGAGCUGGAACGUCUAGUGGGGUUGAUGAAGCAGCAUGAAGCGGGGAGUAUCGCGGAGAAUCGCUGGCUGGACAAUAUGGUCUUCAGGCAGGUGGAGAAGCUGGAACGGCAGCAAAUCAAAGACUCAACACGGCCAAAUCAAGCGAAGACGAACGGCGAAGAAUCGGAUCUGCAAUGCGCUGAAGGUGAUCCUGACCACGUCGAUGGUAUCCACUUCCUCUACAUUGAGUUUCCACGAUUCGAUCACCCCGUUGUCUUCGCCGACUCCGAGUAUCCACCUCCACCACUGACCCACAUCAAACCAACGAGUGGUGCCGGCUCCGUCAACUUCAAGCCGCCGCCAGAUAUUACGCUUGGUCCCGGAAUUCAAUCAGACGGCGAUACAGAUGGUGGCGGAACCUUGAUCAGCAUUUACGAUCCUGAAGUUGGCUAUGGCGAGAAUCCUGCCGAGUACAAGCAUCGCCGUCUGGUCAGAGGUCAGCGCAACGCUUUGGACAAAGACUUGAAACCGAACCCGAAGAUGCGCGACUACUUGAACAAGGUCAUCACCUACGGCCCGACAAUCGAGCUGACCGAUAAGGAAAAGGACGAAGUUUGGAGGUUCAGGCAUCACCUCAGCCGUAACAAGCGAGCUCUCACCAAGCUGCUUAAGUCGGUAAACUGGAACGAGCCUAGCGAAAGUCGUCAAGCCAUUGCUUUAUUGCCAAAGUGGGUUGACAUUGAUGUCGAUGAUGCCCUUGAGUUGCUAGGUCCAGGCUUUGAGAAUCCGACUGUGCGUGCAUAUGCAGUGGAUCGUCUUCGGAAAUCUGAUGACGAAGAGCUGCUUCUGUACCUCCUUCAGCUUGUCCAAGCCUUGAAGUUUGAGCCUCGGAAUGUCAGUAAGACAGACGGCGAGACAGACUCUUCGCUUGCCUCAUUCCUCAUCGUACGUUCGGCGGCAAACAUCAAGUUGGUCAACUUUUUCUACUGGUAUCUUCAAGUCGAGAUUGGAUUGAAGAAUACCCCCGAGAUACAACAGCUCUUCCAGCAGGUGAGCAGCGACUUCAUGAAGGAGCUGGACUCUACACCCGUCGGAGUUGAACACCGGAAGACAUUACAUCGACAAGGCGAUUUCAUCAAGGCUCUUACAGAUAUCUGUGGCGAACUACAACAGACGAAUGGUCGUCUCGGCAAGAUCGAGCGGUUGAAGAAGAUUUUGGCGAACCCGAAGAACAAACUUCUUGCCAUCGACCCUCCACUGCCAUUGCCUUUGGAUCCUUCAACCACAAUCACAGGCGUCAUCCCAGACGAUGUCAAUGUAUUCAAAUCCACACUGUCACCAAUUCUCUUGAAAUUCAGGACCACUACCGGCGACGUUUACCCACUGCUAUUCAAGAAGGGUGACGACCUGCGACAGGACCAGCUCGUCGUCCAAAUCAUCGCACUUAUGGACCGUCUGCUUUUGAAAGAGAACUUGGAUCUCAAACUCACGCCCUAUCGAGUUCUCUCAACAUCCAAAGAAGCGGGUGCGGUGCAAUUCAUUCCAAACACUGUCCCGCUCAGCGUCAUCGACAAAGGCAACCCACUCUACAAAGGCUCGAUUCUUGAGUUCCUCCGUCAUCACAACCCACCUGCAGAAGGUCAGCAAAGCGUUCUCGGCGUGAACAAGGUCGCCAUGGACAACUAUAUCAAAUCUGUCGCCGGCUACUGCAUCAUAACCUACAUCCUCGGCGUCGGUGACCGUCAUCUAGAUAACUUGAUGAUGGCCGAAGAUGGUCGCUUCAUGCACAUUGACUUUGGCUUCAUUCUCGGCCGCGAUCCAAAAAUCAUGGCUCCUGCGAUGAAGCUUAGCAUGGGAAUGGUGGAUGGAAUGGGAGGCUUUCCCAACCCCAACAAUCCCAAGGAUCCUACGCAGUAUAAUGCUUUCCGGCAAUAUUGCUUUACGGCGUACACCACGCUUCGAAGGAGCAGUAGCUUGAUCUUGAAUCUGUUCAUGUUGAUGCAGGACGCCGGGAUUGAGGGACUGACUCUUGCUGGGCCCGGGGAUGCGGCUGUGAGGAAGGUUGAGGAGAGAUUUAAGUUGGAUGUCAGUGAGGAUGUUGCUGUCUCGUUACUCUCUGGGCUGAUGGAGAAGGAGAUCGCGGCUUGGGGAUCGGCUAUGAUUGACAAGUUGCAUAGCUUUGCUAUGGGGCUGAGGGGCGGAUGA